UGAAGCCAGUGAAAACAAACAAGAUUAUCCAUAUUCCUUAUCAUCACUUCACUGGUCUAACCUGCGACAUACAUUUCCCGCUAAGCCGAAACAGAAAUGCUCCUCAGUUACUCUCUGCACCUCCCAAUUACAUCUUCUUACUCACACACCUCCAACCGCAGUCCCAACUCGAGCGGUUACAUAAAGUUCCGAACAAGGUACCGCGAAAACCUGCGAUACCUGCGAGCCUUAACCAUAAUCGACCCAAAAACCAAACCAGAGGACCUUCCUCUCCCCAACGACGUCGACCACAUCAUCGACACUCUCACAUUCCUCAAGUCGCACUCUUUCUCCGACGCCGACAUCCCUCGCCUCAAGUUCCUGACCCCUGAGCUCUUCACCACCGCCGUCGUCCCCUCCGACGUCUCCGCCGUGUUCCGCUUCCUCGCCGACGACCUCGCCGCCACGAAAUCCGAGUCCCGCGACCUCAUCCUCCGAUGCCCCAAACUCCUCUUCUCACACGUCGACCUCUGCCUCCGACCCACGCUCCAAUUUCUCCGGCAGGGGCUGAACCGGCCAACGACAAGGAACGCGCACCUGCUGAACACGCGCGUAGACAAGCUGCAUGCGAAAGUUGAGUUCUUGCAAGAGUUGGGGUUUUCGUACGAGGAGGCUGUCAGGGCUUGUGCUAGGUUACCCGCAAUUUUCGGGUAUGACGUGGAGAACAAUUUAUGGCCAAAGUUUGUGUAUCUUGUCAAGGAAAUGGAGAGGGAUUUGGAGGACUUGAAGAGGUUCCCUCAGUACUUUGGGUUCAGUUUGAAGGAGAGGAUUGUGCCAAGGCACUUGCAUUUGAAAAAAAGGGGUGUUAGGAUUCCCUUGAAUAGAAUGUUGAUGUGGGCUGAUCCAAAGUUCUACGCCAAGUGGAAGUGAUUAGUCAACUCACAUAUUUGCUCAUAACCUUAUAUGAUUCAACAAGAUAUUAUCUUCUUUUUAAUUGUCUAAUACAAAUAGACUGUUAUAUUUCCAUAAACUAGUUGAGUCCCAAAAUAUCAA